AACUAACAACAUGCAUUCGCCACGGCCUAAACACUAUCCCAAAUACCAUCGUUUCAGCACUCCUUAGCGUCGUCGUCGAGAUUCGAAAUCUAAAUAUAAGCGCCGUGGCGACUCGACGGACGUCUCCCAUUUAUUAAUAGCAAUUCGAACGUGAAUCUCUGUGGAGUUUUGUGUUUCUCUUUCCUUCGGUCAACGACGAUUACAGUCAUUCGAGAUUUGAAACUUCGUUGAUUUGUAUGGUGCAGGAUGCAUUUGUGAUCGUCGUUGUACCAAGUGAAAGAGAAAUUCGGAGUUGAGUGACUAUUUUUUGAAAGUGUUUGUGCAUUAGGGUGGACUGCAUUAUUUCAGCCUCUAAUGAUGGAAAAACUUUCGCAAUCGGCCGUAAUUCGGUGACCGUGACGUAAUUGUGAGGAAUGUUCAUCCCUGACACGCUGCGCAGCUGCAUGGUGGAACCCGAUGUAUCCUCAUAUCUGCAGACCCCGUCCACGGGACAGGACGAAUUUCAUCCUUUCAUCGAGGCACUUUUGCCUUUUGUUAAAUCAUUUUCCUACACAUGGUUCAACCUGCAAGCUGCAAAAAGAAAAUAUUACAAAAAACAUGAAAAACGAAUGUCCUUGGAGGAGGAAAGACAGUGUAAGGAGGCUUUACAGAAUGAGAAGGCGGAAGUUAAACAAAAGUGGGCAUCUCGUUUGUUGGGAAAGCUGCGAAAAGAUAUUACUCAAGAAUGUCGUGAGGACUUCGUGUUAAGUAUAACCGGUAAAAGAUCUGCCGUUUGUGUCCUUUCAAACCCUGAUCAGAAGGGUAAAAUGCGCAGAAUAGACUGCCUUCGUCAGGCUGAUAAAGUCUGGCGACUUGAUCUCGUUAUGGUGAUAUUAUUCAAAGCAAUUCCUUUAGAAAGUACGGAUGGUGAAAGAUUAGAAAAAAAUCCCGACUGUUCGCAACCUGGACUUUGUGUUAACCCAUAUCAUAUUAAUGUAUCUGUGAGGGAACUGGAUCUCUACUUAGCUAAUUUCAUCAAUAGUCACGAAAUAUUAAGUGGAGUAUGUUAUAAUAACAAUCAUCACAAUAAUAAUAACAAGAAAGAAGAUGACAGAAAAAAUAAAGGAUAUACGCACAAUCCAUACAACGGCGUGGUAUGUAACGACAUCAUCCUAGCAACAGGAGUAUUUUCUUCCAAAGAACUGUGGAAAUUAUCAAAAUCUUCUAUCCUGCACGAACUUUCCGAAAGUCAUCCGAACAUGAACAGCGUGAAAUUAGAACAUCCAACCUUCUACUGCAACAGUUAUCCAGAACCAGGUCCUGUAGUUGUGGAUCGAUCGUCUUCUGUAGAUUCCAUGGUGGUAUCAGCUACAUACUCUAUGCCACAGAAUACCACAUUAGUUUCAUCAAGCUCACAAGCAAGUCCCAGUACCUUAUUUUAUCAACAUAGUCCAGAAUCUCAUAGUCAUCAAAAUCAAGUGAAGUAUCCAGAAAAUGGGCACGAUACACUGUCAGAUUUUGUAACUUUCGUUUGCCAGGAAACUGAUAAUAACCAAAACGCACAGAUACAGUCAAAUAUAUCACGAAGUCCUAAACCACAGUAUUUUCCUUCUACAAUGCUGCCGCCUCCUCCACUUCCCCCAAUGGCACGGCCAGUAGCAAUAAUCCGGUCGACAUGUGACGUUAACAUGAGUGGAACAAACUCUCCACCAGCGAGCAUAACACCCCCGUGUAGUGAAGCUUCACCAGCAGACGAGGUACCGGAAAUAAACUCAUCACCACCACUUAGCCCUGGGAGCCAUGACAUGCGGAAAUCACCAUCACAAAGAAAUUCCGUCCCGACCAGUAGUCCAUACUCUCCUAGUCGGGAAUAUUCUUUUAAUCAUUUCCACGGGCAGCCGGGACAUCUAUUCAGCUAUCCCAGUAUGGCGGGGAUGUCUGGUGUUAUCAGUCCUACGAACCUCAGUAUGUACUCACCCACGGUGAGUACGGCGAGAGGUACACCCCGCUCUAGCAGUAUAACAAGAUGGAAUAAUCCACUGUUUACUCUGGACCAAGAGGAUUUCAGUAUGAUUACUCAUACAUCCAACGCGGAUUCGGGAGCUAUAAUCCUAAUGGAUGAAGCAUCUCCUUCAACAGCCCCAUCUUCGUCCGAUCAUACGGGACAAUGUUGUAACAGUGCGAAUAUGAUUUGUGAUGCGGAUCGGUUUUUUCAAGCUGGGGACACCUUGGAGGGUUCUGAUUCCAGGGAAAAUGAUCGAAACCUGAUCGCACCAAAAUCUCCUUAACUAGUAAAAGACAAUAAAAUACCGCCUUAUGAUUGUUAAGUUGCUUUAUGCGUGACUGCGUGUGUUUAGAGGCCAAUCUGUGAAUAAUUGUUGAAUGUCUAUAAAUUUUGAUUUAAACUGCAUUUCUCAAAUCGUGAGUAAAUUUGGAAAAAAAAUCUUAUUGAAUGAUUUGAAAUUGAGAGUUGAUUGAUUGGAAAUAAUGUCUAACUAUAUUCAGGCAUUUCGGUAGCCCAUAUUUAAUCGUUGGGGCAUAAUAGUUCAUCAAAAGUAAAAAAUGGUCAGUUGCUUCUAUAAAUAAGAUCGUUUGAAUUGUGAUUAUUUAUAUUUUCUCACAGUAGAAAUGCGAUUUAAUAAGAGAUUUUUAGCAGCAUGUAAAUUUAAAUACUUUUAUAGAUUGGCCAACUAGUAGAUGCUCAACUAAUGUAUAAUUAAGUUUAAUGUAGAUUUGGGUGCCAAGACAGGCUGUGCAAUUGUUCGUGUAGGAUAUUUCAAAACGUUUGCGACACACUUACGAUAUGAAAACUACCUACACUCAGGACAUAUUCAGAAAAUCGAAGAAAUAGUUACAACAUUCCUAACAUCUAUAAUGAAACAAAACGCUCUCCCUUAUUUUUGAUAAAACCGUAGGAAUAAGAAAUGUUCAUUUUUGUAAUUUUCUAGUUGGUUCGUGCCUAAUAAAUCGUGUACCUAUUUUAUGUAUUCCAUUUAAUAAUGUAUAUUAUAAAGUUGAUUUCAUAUACAUAUACGUAAUUGAUUUAUUGUUAGAAUUAUUACAAAUAAAAUGAAAUUUUAACUCAUUUGUAAUAUGGAUCAUUGAGAAGCUUAUGGAAAAUGGAAUAUUACCAUACUCUUUUUUUCAUUUACUUAUGUGAUGAGAGAAUUUUGAAAAAAAGUUGCAUAUACAUUUUUAGCGCCAUCGACGGAUGGAUCGACUUAGCAAAUGUCGUCCAACUUGUACAUGACAGGCUUCCAGGUAAUGGAAUUCCGAAUAGCUUUGGCUGUUAUGUUAUUUGCUUCCACUCUUCUUCUGGUUGUUUAUAUGUUUCCGAAUCUAAUGACGAUAAGCUUGCGAAUAUUGAUGGUCAUGCAAUUGUACCACGUCGGCAUCGUCCGAUUCAGUGCUAAUAUUUUCACGACUGACAAUAAAUCAAAAUGUGGAGGAGAGUUGAGUUGUUUAAAUCAUAAUGUUUCAAUAAAUAUACUUCAUUGGGAAACAUAACAGCUAGAUCAAGGUACUAAUUCAUAUAUUAAAAAGUCUAAGUAGCCUUUAACUGGUACUUUUAUGCACUCAAGACGUAACAUUCCGAGAAUGUCAAUUACCUGGAAGUCCUUUAAAUAAUCAAGCUAAGCAAUGUGAAUUACCAUAACUUAAUCUUCACAGAAAAGUUCUAGCCGGGAGGAUAUGUUGGUUGAAAACCUUACGAGUAUCUAAUAAUAAUACAACACUUAAUCUGUUGAUUUAAAGGAAAAAAUAGUAUCUUAACAUAUCCCUUUGAAUAAGUUUGAAGAAACUGAUUUAUUUCCACAAUACGUUUUAAUAUGAAAUCAAUGUUAUCAUAGGUGUGUUACUUUCUAAAUUUACUCAGUACUUGGGUGACCUAUAUGGCCGUAUAUGGAAAUUCGAAAUACUUUGAACAAAAAUUGCUACAAAUUUAACAAAAAUUGAAACAUUAAUAUUUCAUACAUUAAAAUUAUUCUUAAAUUCAUUAAAAAUUUGACGUUUAAAACGGGUCCAGAGUAUAAUGAUCCAUCUCAGUAUAGAAGAAUCUUCAUUUGUCGUAGAUAAAUUUUUGUAGAAACUAUAUGGAAUACAUUACACAUAAAAUUUGGAGAGAAUUGUUUUGCACUAGGGGAUAAACGGUUAGAAAUUUUGUAACACUUCAAAAGAGUUCAUUUACGACUUCAAUAUGAUCUCGUUCCUGGACUUGAAUAAAAAAUUGAACAUAUGAAAAUUUUGAUAAUAUUGAACAAAAUCUAUAUAACGAAUGAAGAACCAAAUUGAUAUAUUUUUAGUGGUAGGUGUAAAAAAGGACACGUUAACUUAACUAAAAAUAUAGCACGGCUUGUUUAAUUUCAUUCAUCCUAUCAGAAUAUUCCUCAAUAAAAAUAAUUUGAGUCAACAAAAUUUUUUGGCAAUAAAUUUGAUAUUUUCAAAAUGAUAAAUAAUCGAAAUAUCUAUCUUAUUUAUUAAUAUUUUUCAAUACAAUUCCAUAAUUGGAGAAUAUUGGAAAAAUACAAUAAUCUACAGCGUGUAUCAAAAUAACAGAUCUUUAGGAAACCAGAAAAUUGUUAAAAGAAAUUUAGGAUAACCCACAAAUUAUGUAGAUUAUUUGAAUUAUAAUGCUUUCAAUUAGAAAUUUGUGGAAAUUUUCAAAUAAUUUGCCUUAUUUUGUAUAGAAUUUAAAAUAUUUUUAGAUCCCAUAGUAUUAGAAAAUCGAAUUUUAUAAAAAAAUUAGCAUGAGUAAUCAAAAAAUAUACUUAUACAAUAAUUUUAAUGUAAGUCAAAAUGUAAACUUUCAUUAAAAUUCUAUAAAUUUAUUUUGAAAAUAUCUAAAUAUUGUAUUAAAACCGAUUUUUCAAUUUUUAUACCAACUUUGAGGUAUAUUUAGUUUGGAUCGAAUGUCCAGCAGUGCUUGUCUUCCACAUACGAGCUUAUUGCGUGAGCAAGCAGUGAGCUGGAUCUGUGCCUUAGUAUUACAAUAAUACUGAUAAUAGAAUAAACGUAGUUUAGUUAGGGAUUCGAUAAUCGAGCUUUUUUGCUCACAGUGCAUUACACAAGUGGAUUUAUACUUUUUCAGUUUAUAGACAAUUUAUUACUUUAUCACAAUACCGCAUUAGUUGUCCUCCUAGUAAACUAGUGAAGGAGGAGAGUUCGAAUCGCUUUUGAAGAGUCUUAAGUUAUUCACUCUUGAAUUUAUAUUCGAUUAUUGACAUGCUCAUCAAUAAAUUCCUUCAUAUCUGCUUCAUUUUCAUUUGGCUGUUUUGGUUUACAGAUCUUAAUACAAAUUUAGAUCUGGAAAUUUUUUAUUGUACUAGCUUAAUGAAUAUAUUUUUUAUUUGCUGGCCCAGUCCAAAGACCUUAAUACCAUAGUUUCAGAUGGAAAUCAUUGAAUAUAGGAUAACAUCGAAUUUCUGUCAAUAAGAAGUAUCUUUCUUUCAUUUUCAUAAUCAUUUUUUGCUGGUAUCCAAUUUUGAUUAAUUUAGAUAACAUAGUUUCAGUGUUUCUCAAUAGUAAAUUCUUGUGGAACAAUUCCUCCCUUUCCUCUCAUUAAAUCAAUAUUAUAUCAAAAUUAUAUUUCGUAAUUCAUAUGAUUUCAAUAUAUUAGAGAAUAACUUGUCUGUGAACUGCGAAUUUGUAAAUUCCGUAGUAAAUUCACUUAUAAAGUACGGAAGACUUUAGCUUCACAGAAAUGUGAUAAAGUAUACUUUGUAAUUACUAUGUAAUAACUUUUUAAAGUGCUUAUGAUUUCGAAAUUAUAACCAAAAGUGUCUCUAUAGUAACUACUUGUAACUAUAUGGAAAAUAAUUAAAAUCAACAUUUUAAUUAAGGAAUACUAUUUUCUGAUCUCAAAUUCAAAAGUAUUCAUUCGAAACUAUAGUUCUCCUUCCACGCAAUGCAUUUUCUCUAUGAACUUCCUUUUUCCAAUAUAAAAAAUUAUUGCAGUAAGAGUAACAGACGAAUUCGAUAAACUAGUCCAAGUCUAAAAACAUGUGAGAUAUCACGAACAUCAAUAGAGUCGCUAUUUAGUACUGUAAAUGUAUCAUAAUCUCAGUGCCUAAUUAACCAGAAGAUAUGAGGAAACGGACCAGAAAAAAAUAUUUUAGGCGCGUCAAUCCAUAAAAUAAAAUAGAAUUAGUAUCAUUAGCAAUCCAGAGUCUGAAGAGCUACAGUUUUCGCUAUUAACACUUGUAACCAUUUUAUUUCGAAUAUUUUGUUCCUUUUGGUGACUCUAACUAGCUUGUGCCAAUAGAAGUUCUAAGAAAUUUAGUUCCCACUGAUAUGGCAGUAGAUGAAGAGUUAUUACUUCAUGAUUUGUGGUAAUUUCCUAGCUGUAUCAUCAAUUAAACUUUUGGCAAGCUUGCUUCAUUAUGCAUGUUUUUCACGAAGUAGGAACUUGCUCUAAUCACUGGCUAUAAAAUAUUAAAAGCAUCCACGUCUACUUACUAGCAUUGAAAGGUCAACUCGUAGAAAUUCCUCAUUACUGCCAAUAUGAGUAAUAAUAAACAUCCGGCUGGUAUUUUGCAUCCAAUGGAUAAACCAUCCAAAAAUACAUGACGGUAACUUAGAAUGUUCAAGUAUUUCAAGAUUUUCUUUACCGAAUAUCUUUAUUAAGCUAAUUCUCACCCAUAUAACUUUGCGAUAUUCUCGUGUCUUUGACAAAUAUUUUAUUACGAAUCUGAAAUUAAUUUCUCGUAUAGUUCUAAAUAAAACUUAACUUCUCUGUUUCAACGAGAACCUCUAUAUGUUUUGGGUUUGGAGUUUCAUUUGUGUAAUAAAAUGAUUUUUCAUUUAGACAUCUUAAUUCAAUACAAUUUUCUUUCUGUCCCUGGAUUUAGCUUUGUGUUCUAUAUAUUUUUCCCAAGCUCUGUUAUUUUGAAAAUAUUUCUUUCCGAUACCUAAGUUAGGAAACUACACGUGGCAACAGCAUCACGAAUCGCCAGAGAAGUGUCACCUACACGAAAUCUUAUGUUAUUACCUUUUUUCUUACAAUAAUUAUAAAAUUUUUCAAAACCAAUACGUUGUUCAAGGAAUUUGUAAAUAUUACUAGAGCAGCUAGAGCUACAUCAAUCAACUAUAAUUAGUUUCAUUGCAAUUUUGCCAUAAUAAAUUUUACAGAAUGUGAUGAAUUCGUCAGACAAACAAAAUCAUGGCUUGUUAUAAAAACACACUUUUAACACAACAAUAACUGAAUUAAUCCAUAAUUUACUUAAUAAAAAGAUAGCACAUAGCAAUUUAUUGGUUCAAUAAAUUCAAUACUACACUACGCAAAUCAAAAAUUCACUAUCUCUUUUUAUUGCUGGUUAAUUAUUCAUAACUUGAUAUUUUUUCAUAUUAUUGAGAAGUGAUAAUAAAUUCAAAGUUGUAUUAUUAAGUAUUAAAUCGUAACCCGAUACAUUAAUCGCAGUUAACAUUUUGAUUUUGGUAUCUAGAAAUGUUAUUUCAUUUAUUCAUAUGAAUCAUAAUCAAGAAUGUAUUUCUAUCAGCGAUAGUUACUAUAUUUAUUUUGAUACGCUAUUAGUAACCCGAUUUUUUAUUGUAUAUUUUUGUACAGGCAUAAAUGAAUAACCAAAUCAAUAUUGUAAAAAUUAUUUUAUUAAUAAGAAUAAGUUAAAAUAUUCCUUAAUUAAGUAUUAAAGUAAACAAGUAGUUGCACAUCUCUUGAAAAAUACACUAGUUUACACGGUUUUCAUAUUCCAGCUGAAAGUUGUUAUUUAUUAUUUAUUAAGGUAGAAUUAUUCGGCCAAGUUGGAGUUCCUGGAACCGUUUGUGAUAUUUAUAAUCAACACUUAUCCAAAAAAACUAAUAAAAAUUCUGUAAGGUCUGUUUCAAAAAAGAUUUAUUUAGCUAAAUGAGCUACAUAAUAUUGGUAUUAGUACUAAAAAUGGCGAAUUUCCUUCUUUUCCUAGUUAUUUCAUCAGCUUCUCUUAUAAUUUAUCAACAGUGAACCUUCAAUACAUGUUCCUAAAAUAUUCCUCGUUCUCCAAUUAGACUAUACUUUUAAGGGUCUACGAAUAAGUGCUUUAUCAUAAUUUUAAUUUAUUACUUCAAGCUCCGAGAUAUCAGUGCAAAAAUAGUAUCAGUUACAAAACAUCUGAGUAAAAUUUGCUUUUGUUUCUAGGCAACGGAACUUUAGUGUUAGCUAAUAAAUUCCAUUUUUGUAGGCCAGAAACGAGAAGCCAUAUAAUUGUAAAACUCUUAUAAAAUCAUUUAAUUCAGAUUAGUUAAUUAAUCAACGUUACAUGCAUUGUCAUCUAGUUUAUUUAUAUUCGAAUUACCGAGACAAACUGGACGUAGUAGUCAACGAAUGGGCGUAUAACAGAGACUUUGGGAUACUCGUGUCUAGGACAAUCCUGCUAAACGCAAUCUACUAGUACUGGAAAAUAUUUUAUGUCCACUUAACCUAACUUACCUGUAUCUAAGAGCUCCUAAGAAAACUAGUGCCCUUCGAAUAUGACGUUGUUUUUUAAGCAUAUCUUAAAAACCGUUACUUACAAUCUUUAAACAUUGUAUAAGUACUUAAUGAAAAAUUUUUCACCUGCGCAUUCUACGUGGGGGAAAAGAGGUACGUUUUAUAAAAAUUUUGGUGCAUUAGUUCUUUGAUCAUUUUUUCCAUAAAUUUGGAAGCUAUUAGGUGUUUUUGAAAAAAUGUACUAAUCUUUCGCUAUUAUGUGCUGUUUUGUAUGUAUGUAUGUAAAAAUAAGAAUUAGCUCGCUUUGCCGGCUAUGAAGAGGGGCAUUUUCAAUGACAUUUAUUCAUCAUGGUUUUAUUUUCUGAAGUAUCAUUUUCUGCCAACCUUCAAAUAUUUGGAGCAUCCAUAUUUUCUGGUUUUCAAAUCAAACAUUAGAAGGCCAUCUCCUAGAAAUCCCACAUAAGAUUAGAUAAUAAUAUAUAAUAACCGUAAAAUUAGUCAAAAACCUGAUACCUAAAAAAUUCAUCCAAUGCCUCUACUUUAAGCGAUCCUCACGGCAAUAACAAAUCGCAGUUUUAUAGUAUAGGCUUAUAUAACGUGAAGCUUGUAGGUAGUGUUUUUUGCUUUUGCUUUAAAACUGACUUAAUGGAAUCAUUACCAAAGGACGCUAACUCUCUUGGAAGGUAAAUUGGGUCAGUUGAACAUCUGUAAUUUACAUUUGGCAGAAAACUUUCUAGACACCUUGUAUAAUACUUGUCUUAUUUUUAUAUAAUGUCUCAUAACACAGAAGUAAUAAGCAUUUUCAUGAUAACUAAUUUCUCUACUUGGCAUUAGUGAAGAUUUAUAUUGUCUCCUGAUGACCAUGGAGUUUUCACAGGUGAUACUAGUUUUUAUCUAGGUUUGCUACAGGAAAUAUGAAAUAAUAAAAAUAUGAACUUUCAAACAAAUCCUCAAUCGGUCUUUUUCUUUUUAAAAAUAUAACCUGACCAUAUAUGUAGCCAAAACGAUUAGAACUUUGUUUACACUUUCUACUCAUAUUUGAAUUCAAUUUGUAACAAAAAAUUUUUUUCGUUUCAAACGACGAUGGGUAGUUAAAAAAUAUUUAACGGCAGAUUGUAACGUGAUUUUAUUUUGAUGCCUUUGGGGCUCGUAAGAGGUUGAAAUUUGUAAACUAGUGAUAUUAAUGAAAUAAAUGUAUUGUAACAGAUUAGGAUUGAAAACUAAAGAAAUAAAUAUGUAGUUGCUUAACACGUAUCAAUUCCUAAAUAGAAACAUAAAAUACCUAGGUAUGUAAUACUAAUAGAGGAAUUUAAAAUAUAUAGCAAUUAAUAAUUUUUUCAAAUUUCAAUAGCAUGUACCUCUUACUGGUGAAUCUUGGGUUUCUAUUAGACUAAAAGAAUCUGGUAGACACUCAGGAAGCUUUAUUUCCGGCAAUGUUUUGUUUUAUUUUGAAGAUUCGUUGAAGAUAAUAUAUGUUUUGGAAAGCUUAUUAAAGAGAUGUUAAAAAAUGUAUUAUAAUAUUUUAACUUUUGCAACAUUUCAUUUAAUCCAAGAGCAUAUUUUUUUAAAAUAUCAAAGUUCAAUUUUUAAACCUUUAUCGAAUAUGCAUAUUUUAUUAUAUAUUGAACAUUAAAGAAUUCAAAUGUCAGCACAAAAUUGCCUCCAAGCUUCACUAAACUUGGGUUAGUUUAAUUAGAGUCGUUCUCGUGUAGUGGACGAUGCUAUUACAUAUAGUUAUAAAAUUAUAUUUUUACUUAAUUAAUACAUUCUUAUUAUAAAAAUAUUUUGUUUUAUCUGUUACAGUACAUUCAUGACUUAUUUGUCUAUAAAUAUCUACAAUACAAGUAUCCCAAUAAAAAAAUAUGAUGAAAACUAUCCGGUCCAAAUUUCAAUUGGUAAUUCUGUCAAUUUCUGUUAUUGUAUUCAUUCAAUUCUAUUGCAAAUGUUUUCAAUAGUAAAAAUUAUUUUUUGUUAACAUUUUACUUCGUUUUACCAAAAAUUGAAUGAAGCUUACUUAUUAUAAUUAAAUCGUCCUAUAUAUUAUAAUGUAUUUCGAUAAAGCUAUUUUUGAAAAAUCUCUCAACAUAUGGUUUUACUUCCUUAAAUAGAAUGUUUUCCGAAAUAUACAUUAAUUAUCUCUGAUCAGAAGUAUUGAACACAAUAAGAUUCUAUUCAUAUUUAUCAUUUAUAUCCUUUUUAGCAUAAUGUGGUAUAGGCAAUUAUUUAUUAUUAUUAUUAUUUCAUCACAAAUUUUUCAGCUUUCUUUCUUCUGUUCAGCUUAUUAAUGUUAUUUACUCAUUUAUGUCUUCAUAUCUCGACAGCGAAUUAAUACUUAUCGAAAACGUCCAGAGAUGAAAAAUAUUGUUACCAUUUAAAUUAAAAUUUAAAGUGAUUAGCUUUAAUGGGAACGCACUGUAUGAUUGACAUUCUAAUAAAAACAAUUCGAUAAUGAAAACGCCAUAAACGAAAAGUAUUUUUGUAACUCCAUGUGUUUUUAUAUUGAAGUUACUUACAAUAUUUAUAACUGUUUGUCUCAUUUCGUGGAGUGAGGAUGAAUAUUUGCAAAAAUUAUAGAGGAAAACAAUAUUAACGUUAACCAACGAAAUCAGAACGAAUAUGUUCCAAUUGAAAAUACAUAGCACCCGAUGCAUAAUAUUUAUUGCUACACAUUUUGAAAACUAAUACCAUUAAUCUAAUUAAUUUUGUAUAGAUAAAAUGACGUACAAAUGUACUUUUCGCAAUUAAUUUACACGAAUAUUAGAUACGGUUUAUUAUUAGAAAAUGAGAUAUUUGGGUUAGAAGUCGUAUAUUAGGAAUAUUUAAAAUCUUUGCCGAUUUCAUUCUAUUAACUAACAUUUUUAAAAUGACAUUGAAAAAUUGUUUCAUUUCGAGUUAACCUUCUCAAUUUUAAACUAAUAUAAUAUUUACAAUGAAAACUAAACCUACCAGAAACCCAAAAAACUGGAUUCCAAAUUAAAGGAAAAUAUAGUGUUAUUACCAUAUGUAUAAUUUAAAGUAUAAGAACAAUAAAUGAAAUUUCAUAAUGGACAACAAUCUACCUGGUAUUGAAAUCCAAAUAUAUCAAUUUAGAAGAAACUAGCUAGAUUUGUGAUGAAAGUAUGAUUUCUAAUAUUUAAUAAGAAAUAAAAAUACAUACCUUUAAUUUUUAUAUCAAUUUCCUAACCAAAUGUCAAAUACAACUAUAUCAACCUGGGUAUGUUAUUGACGAGAGCACAUUCUGAUAGUGACCAACUUUUUUUUUGUGUAGAAAAUGUUUCCUUAUUAAUUAAACUUCUAAGUAGUAUAUAAAACUUUUGAGUUUUUGGCUAGGGUCAAGUUUUCGUUGAUAAACACUAAAUAGAAUAAUAAAUACAAAAGUGAUGAGCAAAUAUUUGGCGGCUUUUUAAUACUAUUGGCUACUCAUGAAAAUAUAAAUAUUUACAAAAUGUCAGAUGAAAAAUUCCUAUGAGCAAUUUAUUGUAUAUCUCUUUCUAAUGUUAAGCUUAAUCAGCAUACUGUUAAAAAUUGUGAAACGUGUGUCUAUAGUUUAACCCGUAUCUAAAUAAUUAUUCGUGCUAAAAAUAUGAAGUAUUACUGUGAUUUAAAACCUUGUAAAGUAGUCAUGUUGAGCGAAAGUUACAACGAACAGGUCUCGUUGUAUCUUCAGGUCACGCUCUCUUGUGACUUCUUUAAUUCUAGUCAUGUUUAGCAGAGUGAUCUUGACUGAUAUAUCUACUCCCUCCGGUGUUUAUGACAAUUUCUGCUUUAUUGAACACUCUGUAUAUUAUUUAGUUCUAUAAUCCGGUGUAUACUCCAAGUUAAUAGAUCUCUUCAUUUCCAUACUUUAUGUCAGGAUUGUUUAAUUCAUUAAAAUAUAGAAAGAGUAUCUGAAGUUGCUUUGUAAUUGAAAUUAAUUGUUAAUGUUUUAGCAGGUCACGUACAAGUAAAUAGAACAGAAUAAAAUUUUAGACAAAUAUUCUCAUUUAUUAACUGUUAAUUUCCAAUGUUUGUCAAAAAUUUGAACAAAAAACUGUUUCGUUUACUUGGUAUUUUAAAACAUUACAAUUAAAGAUUGAACUUUUCAUAAUAUAUUCAGUAAUAUUGAAUACAAUACCUACUAAAAAUAAAGUAUAGAAUUAUAUCAAAAAUAAUUUAGUAUUUUAAUAUUAAUUUCUCAGUUUAGGUAGGUGUUGUAUAAAAUCUAAUAAUAAUCUAAUUGAGGAGCUUAGGAAUUAUUAAAGCAACAAACAGGUUACCAGAUACUCUAUUCUUUCUAAAAUAAGAACAGUGUUAAAUAUAUUAUUGUUUGUAAUAUUUAGAUAGCUGUCUUCCAAAUAACAGUAACAAGCUAUAGCCUGUUAUUUGUCUUAUUUGAAUAGACUUAAUAUAAGCGAAUAGAUAUUAAACGAUUUUUAUGGAGGUUGUGACAAUUAAAAUAUGUUAAUUCAAAAUAGCUCGAUACUAACUGCCCUUCAGACACUAAAAAAGCUAUGCUCCAUUCAUACAGAAAUAUUAACACAAACACAGACUUUAAUGGUUCAAUUUGUGUCGUUGAUUACAUAUUGUAUGUAUAAGUGCCUAGUUUCUCCUGACUCAAAAGAAGUAACUGAUCUAAUUCACAUUAGACAGCAUUAAUAGAUUGAAAAUUGUCACAUUACUAUUAAUUUUUGAUUACAAUCAUUUAUUGAUGAAAAAUAAUGAUAAACAUUUAAACACAUUACCAAAGAAUCAGUUCAGAGCAUCAUGACAGGAAAAUCUUUCUACCUAUAAGGAGACCAAAUUCUCAGAAUAACUUACAAAAUCCAAUGCUCUGAAGCUAUUACAUUAGAAUGAAUUUGUUAAAAAUACAUUUUAUUGAAAAAGGAAACUAUAUUAUGUGUGAAAACAUAAUUGCCAAAUCUCUCUUGGUACUUUCUGCAGAUUUACAUAUAUGUCGUAGUUUUAUUUAUCAAAUUUGAUUGUUAACAGCUUGUUAUGUAUGUAACAUUAACUUCCAUUUUUUAACGUAUAUACAGGAAUAAGAAGUUACAUUUGAUAAGCGCUAAUUAAUUGUUAAAAGUAUGGUUCAAAUUGUGUGAUAAUAAAUUUUCUAAUACUUUUUUAAUUCCGUAAGUUAGCUUAAAUUGUCUACGACAACAAUGGAUUGAUCUAUUAACUAUUGAAACCCAUUUAAACUUAAUAAUGAAGAGUUAAAUAAUAAUAUUGUUUUAAUGUAAAUAUAUAAAGUAACAAUUAUUUCUUAUGCGUACUUAUAGAAUCGGGUGAUAUUUAACCAGUGCCAUUGGUAUUGUUGAUUCUGUUGUUAGGUGAAAUAUUGUACUAGUUAUUAUCCUUUAGUUAUUUAGAAUGUAUUAAUUCAAUUUGUAUUAAGUAUAAUAAAUCAGAGGGUUUAUCGUU